CGACAAUAAUGCGAUCUUUUCUGAUUUUAUGCAUCAUCUCGCCCGUCCUUGCCGUGCCGGCAUUUAUCCCGUGGGCGGCAAGAGAACAGUCAGUCCUUGCAUUACAAGGGGGCCGCAAGCCCGAACGACCACAGGACGGUGGAUUCGAGGGAUGGUACGACCCACGGACAAAUGGCGGUCGAAUGCUCGAUUGGGCAACUCGCAAGCGCGGGGAACCUCUGAACGUCAUCAUCUCAGCCUUCUCUGAUCCGUACGUCCUGACCGAGACCGGAUUCCACGCCUAUGCAAAGUCCAUAGGAUUCUCCGAGGAGUGCAUGGGUCUCCACUACGGUCAAAUCCACGAAGCUGACCUUGGCGACGGGGAUGGGAGGAAGGAAGAGCAGUUCCUCGCGAGACAAACGUACUUUCCGGUCUGGGGAACCUGCUGGGAGAGCGUCGCAGGCGGGAACCACUUCCGUGCAUGGAAGCAGAAUGGUACGUUGGCGAAUUCCGGGGCAUGGUUCUUAGCCGUCUCGAAGGAAGAGCAUUCAGGGAAGCACCACACCAUCAUCGAGGAUGGGUACAAUAUUGGCCGCGACCUGCUCGUUGAGCGAGCAGCCGCCGGCAGUAGAUGGAAUGGGAUGUGGUGGCUCGCAGAUGUAGAAUGGCGGGAAGGCCUACUCGAGCCCGGAAACCACAGCGUGAACCACGGCAUAGAGCAAGACGGCCGUGUUGCUAUACUAACCGUUCAGCGUCUUUAGAGCGACGAUGUCCACUAGACUCGGAGGGACUUUGGAUCUAUUCCGCGCUGGACCUGUAUAUUUAUCGGUGAUUUAUCUUCGAUCACUUCUUCGACGACCUUGUACGACCUCACGACCAACCGCACUGUGGAUCUCACACAUUCUUAUGUUUAUUUUCCAGCAUUUACAUCAUUGGAUUCCCUUGUAGAUCUUGUAUUGCUAUUUUGUGACACAGUCAUGUAACUAACUUGCAGUGCGCA